UUGUGAUGAUUAAUUAGAAUGAGAUGGUUAAGACUGGUGGGUGCAGUAGCAGUAUGUCUGCUGACUGUGUACCUCACCCCCCUCCUCUCACCCCUCCUCUCACCCCUCCCUCCCCUCCCUCCUGGUACUGUAGUCCUCAUAUGUGGAGCUAGUAGUGGUAUCGGUGAGGAGCUGGCCUACCAACUAGCUGGACAGCAAGCUAACUUAGUCCUUGUAGCCAGGACCAGAGACAAGUUACUCAGGGUUCAGGAAGGGGCCCUGGCAAGGGGGGCAGCUAACGUUGAGAUUAUUCAGUUUGAUUUAUCUAAUGCAGCUGAUAGUGCUGUUGUAGUUGAGAGAACUAUCGAGAGGUUCGGUAAACUAGACUACCUGGUGUUGAACCACGCAGCCAUGUUUUACGGCGCAUUUCUGGCCUUCCCCUACCAACAAGAACAAGAGUUCAUAGAGAAAGUGUUCAGAGUGAAUGUGUUGAGUCAGAUACAGAUAACAGUAAGUGCACUGCCGUACUUGGAAGCAAGCUCUGGUCACGUGUUUGUCACAUCCUCUAUAGCUGGGGAGCUACCUUUUACCUACGGUAUCCACCUCUAUUCCUCCUCAAAACACGCUCUUAACGGCUUCUUCUACAGUCUACAACAAGAACUGUUAGCAAGAGAGUCUCCAGUGUCACUGACUAUAGGAGCUCUGGGUCCUAUCUGGACUGGAGACAUGGAGUUGCUGAUGAAGGACGAUGUGUUGCCAGUAAAGAGUGUGAGUGGUAGUGUGGAGGACUGUGCGGGGGGUAUUGUUCAGGCUUACUUCACAAGACCUUCCACCUGGACCUUCCCUAAACCUGCUAACUAUCUCAUGAGGGCUAUGUGGUAUUUCAUCCCCACCUCGCUCUUUCAUAAACUCAUGAUUUAUCAGGGGAGAUACCUGGCUCGCAGGGUUAUGGGUAUGUGGAGAAGGUGGCAGAUUGGAACUUGAAGGCGGGGAUUGCCAAACAAAACCGUUUUCAGGAGGGGUAUUAUAAAAAGUCUACAGAUGAAAGUUGAUAGCCAAGUAACGUUACUUAACCGGCUUUCCUAUCGAUAAUUUUUGUCUAUCUUGUGAAAGGAAUCGGAACCAGAUAUCCCUGAGCCAAAAAUUGUGAUUCAAGAACUAAGAGAAGGGACUAUAAUAUAAGUUAUGAAAUUAAACCACACCUACCUUGUGCUAUUUGAGAUUGCUGUGCUUGUAUCCGCUCCCCAAUAGACUCGAAGUCGU